GGGGUGCGGGAGGCUGUGGGCGGGCGCGGGCGGAGCCGGCUUUUCUGUCGGAGGACGCCGGCCGGAGCGCUGCGCCUUUAAGGCGUCCCACAGCACCAGGCGCCCAGAGCCCGGCGAGCUCGAGCGCUGCGAACCGGGGGCUGCCGGGGUGCCGGGCGCAGGCGGCGCGAUCCCGUGGCGGGACACCCGCAGCUCAGGUCUCAUCAGAAUCUCAUUUUCAGCUCCUGCCAGAGUUAGUAGCGGCGGGGAAAGAAGGCUGUUCUCCUUAACGAGUGUUCAUCACAAGCUUUGCUGAGCAAGAUGGAUGUGGACGUGGUCAACAUGUUUGUGAUCGCAGGCGGGACUCUGGCCAUCCCUAUCCUGGCAUUUGUUGCCUCAUUUCUCCUGUGGCCUUCGGCACUGAUAAGAAUCUACUAUUGGUACUGGCGGAGGACACUGGGUAUGCAGGUCCGCUAUGUUCAGCAUGAAGACUACCAGUUCUGUUAUUCCUUCCGGGGCAGGCCUAGUCACAAGCCUUCCAUCCUCAUGCUCCAUGGAUUCUCUGCACACAAGGAUAUGUGGCUCAGUGUUGUGAAGUUUCUUCCAAAGAACCUACACUUGAUCUGCGUGGAUAUGCCAGGACAUGAGGGUACCACACGUUCCUCCCUGGAUGACCUGUCCAUAGACGGACAAGUCAAAAGGAUACAUCAGUUUGUAGAAUGCAUCAAGCUGAAUAAAAAGCCCUUCCACCUGAUCGGUACCUCCAUGGGUGGCCACGUGGCUGGCGUGUACGCUGCUUACUACCCAUCAGAUAUCUGCAGUCUGAGUCUGGUGUGUCCCGCUGGUCUGGAGUACUCGACUGAUAACAAAUUUGUACAGCGACUCAAAGAACUGGAGGCCGAACACUCCAUUGAGAAGAUUCCCUUGAUCCCAUCAACCCCUGAAGAGAUGAGUGAAAUGCUGCAGCUCUGCUCCUACGUCCGCUUCAAGGUGCCCCAGCAGAUUCUGCAAGGCCUUGUGGAUGUCCGCAUCCCUCACAACGGUUUCUACCGAAGGUUGUUUUUGGAAAUCGUCAGUGAGAAAUCAAGAUAUUCCCUCCACCAGAACAUGGACAAGAUCAAAGUCCCGACGCAGAUCAUCUGGGGGAAGCAAGACCAGGUGCUUGACGUGUCUGGAGCUGACAUGUUGGCCAAGUCGAUUGCCAACUGCCAGGUGGAACUUCUGGAAAACUGUGGGCACUCGGUGGUGAUGGAGAGACCUAGGAAGACAGCCAAGCUCAUCGUUGACUUUCUGGCUUCUGUGCACAACCCAGAUAAUAACAAGAAGCUGGACUGAUGCCCUGCCAGCAGCCUGCAUCCCACACCCACGUCUGCUCCCAUCUCCAGAAUCAGAUGCGGCCCCCCACUUCUCAGGGAUCCCCCCAGAUGCAGUCACAGCCCCUGCGUCCCUGAGGAAGCCAGACCCCCUGUGCCCCAAGUCUCAAAAGAGCCACUGAGUUUCAAGGGCUGCAAGGACAUCUCCAAGAUGUUUUUCACAAAAUGGAAACCCCAGUGGAACUCAGAAAAUCCAGCCAUGAGAUCUACCAAGACUUUUUUGAAGCUCAUGUCACAAAACAGCCACCUUGGACCAUCACCGCUGUGGCCCUUUUCUUUCAGGCAUUCGUCCCAGUCAGAGACUUGGGGGAUUAUUUCUCUCGCUUUAGAUAUUCUUCCCUGCAUGGUCCGUGGCUGCUCUAGGAGCAUUAGUCCUCACUGCUGAGCUUCCUCUUGUUUCUGUCUGAUACGUUUCACACAGACCCGCCAGUGAAUGCAUCCACCUCCGCAGUGCCUGGGAGGAGGAGGCACGGCCGACCCAGUGCAGUGGAGAGCCUGGCUGAAUGGUGUGACCAACCCCCGGAGGGAACCCAGAACAGUCUCAGUACAAAGAACAUCUGGGUUUCCAGGGAAUGAUUCCUUAUUUUUUAAAAAUAGGACUAAUAAAGCAAUAAUGUUCUAACAAUCUUGGGUUCCACAUGGAAGCAUCUCGUGGGCCCCUUUUCUAUUUUGCUGAGCUCCCGCAACCCCUCGGAUGUAAAAUACUAGUCUGUUAAUGAAUUCUGUGAAUUCUGUGAUCAGUAACGUGAUUGAAAAUAAGUCUAACAGCUGUAAAAGUGACCACCCAUGACAUGAAAUAAAUUUAAUAAGUCUAGAUUAGUAACAUGCA